AUGACUUUCAUCAAUUAUUCAUAUUCCCAACUACAAGCUCUUCCCAUGGAAACACAGAGAACGGCAUUAAUGCCUAAAAAUCGGAUCAUUUCAGAGUCCACGGGUCUCUACAAGCUUCAGUUGUCGCCGCAAAAUCGCAAAACUCCUCCCUCGCCCACAAAAUCUACUAGAGGCCUACAUGUCGCAGUGCCAAUAGUUAAGCAGAAGCAAGAAACAGCACCAGACCGCAACGAAAUUCUCCGCAAAUAUGCUAGCAAACAAGCCAAGUUGAUGGAGUUGGAGAAGCUGGCAGAGCUUGUUCGCUUUGAAAUUUUGGAGCUCCAGGCCCAGCUUGAAACGGAACUCAAUAGCGAUAGACCUGAUGCACCUUUCCUCCAGGAAGACAUUGCUCGCCUCAAGAAGAAGGUAAGCAGCAUUUUCCAAAGCCCCAAAAAGGAGCAAGAAAAGAGAGACUUGCCUCACCAGCCUCCCUUGGAUUUUCCAGAAUUUGCACCACAAAAUAAUAUGCAUAUACCUUCCCACAAUGAAAAACAAGGUUUGGUGUCUUUAUCCAAAACGCAGUCUGAUUUCUUUCCCCCACCCAAAAUGGCUCUGAUGCACCAGCAAUUGAAAAAGAAAACCUCUGGUAUGUUUCCUGACCAUGAGCAGUUGAAGAAAAAAGCGUCAAAAAUAUUUCCUGAUCAGAACCAGCUCAAACAGAAAGCGUCGAUGAUGUUCAACAACAAGUUCAUGACUGAAGUAAAGGGAAAAAUGGACCAACAGCAGGCCGAAAUCGACAAGUUCACUGAAAAGAGUUUUGGUUUCGCUCGCAACUUCAUUACUUCACUCUCCCCAAAGAAGGAAAAGAGUCCGUUGGUUGAAUCUUCUUUUAUGUUUGAUAACGUGGCUCCUGAAACCAGCAUCAACAAAUCUAUCCUACUAAGCGAAGAUGAAUCGGAAACCUCUGUUCUUCACUUCCACGAAGAUUCAAUCAUAGAUCGUUCUAUUGUGGAUAUUGAUGACUACAGUAGUGAGGAGGAGUAA